AAUUAUAUUCUGCCACAAAAUGUUCGUUAUAUCCUACAUUUACUUCAUAACUAGUUGAUGGUUUGUUUUGCAGUAUACGACCGUGUAAAAUCGAUAGCACAAACAUCUGUUAAUUUAUUGUCAGACUGGUUCGAACCUCGUGGAACAGGCGAAAUGAAAGAAACGGAAUCCUUACCAACACCUCAGCACAUCGUUUGCCAUUAUCGCAUACCGGGUGUCAAAUAUAAUACGAUUAUUGUGUCACUUUGAGUUGAGACGUCGAUACCAAAAGAUCAGCCGCUUGCCACAGAAACUGUUGUGUGUGGAUUAGCAGGGAGUAGUGUUUUAAGUGCGUUUUCGCCAUUCAUCUUAAAAAGUACCACAGGUUUUUGGAUGCCGGUAACAUUGGUUGAACCGACCUAAACAUCGUGAAUGGACGCUAUAUGUUACCAACUCUUUAAGUAAUUCAGUAGGAAAAGUGAUUCUUUCAUUGUUGCUUAUGUUGUAAAAUAUUAAAACGAAAAUCAAUGUUUUUCAGUUAUUCGUGGAGUUGGAUUAACGUGGUAAAGGAUAUUUGUUAUUGGGCGAUUCUUCUAUAUUGGAUAUAUUAAUUGCAUGGAUUAACAACUACAAAGAUGAAGAAGAGUUGAAAAACAACAAAGUAACAUCAUCACGUAGAAGGAUUCUUUUGUUUUCAAUAUACUAGUAGUAUGCUUUUGUAAUUUCAGAAAUUAUUGAUGUCAUAACCUUGUUUAAAUAACCUCUAACCUCUCGUUGAUAUGGUGAUAAGCUACAUAUAUAACUAACAUGGUUAAAAAAGAAUCUCAGAAGUUGCAAUACAUAUUAUACGCUAUAUUAUACAGGAGCUGAAGGAAUAUUACUCGCCAAAGUGACAUUUACAACAGUUUAGGAUUGUUGAAAGGAUUGUUUACUUCAAAACGAUUUACGAUUUAAUCUGUUUACUAGUAGGUUUUUUUCCUCAUUUGGUUUCAGCUGUAUUGUCAGCAAAUAACUGUAGCUUCGUUUUGAGUCAUUAAGACAUAAACUUAUAUCAAAGAGAGAAACAACAUGGAUAAAAGUUAUAAAGGAAAUGUGAAACUUGCGUCAUCAAAUGGAGAGAUUUUACAAACUGGUGCAUGCCGGGAAUGGAAGUCGACGUGCACCAACGCAGCAGGAAACUACCAGUCGCCGGUGAAUAUGUUGUCACGUCAGGCGGUGUAUGACGCGAGUCUCGAGGAUUCGGCCUUGACCUUUCACUACAGCACAUCCCGCGAAACGGACAUCUUGAAUAACGGACAUACCUUGGCGGUCUUUCCUCAGGCAAAACAAAGUGUUUGUGGCGGACCUAUGCCACCCGGCAAUGACUAUGAGCUGGCUGAGAUUUGCUUUCACUGGGGAAAGUCCAACUCCAGGGGGUCGGAACACACCGUCAACGGGAAGGCGUUCCCCAUGGAGGUACAGCUUGUCCACUGGAACAGUUCCCUGUACGAGUCGAUAAAAGAUGCAGCGGGAAAACCUCAUGGCGUUGUCAUAGUAGCGCUCUUUACACAGCUCGGUCGAGAACACCCAAGUCUACGAAUAAUAACAGACAAUUUGGAAGAUGUCCAGUUUAAGGGCCGACAGAAAACCAUCACUGCGCCGUUCAACCCAAGCAGCCUAUUGCCAGAUCCGAGUUUACGAGACUACUGGACGUACGAGGGUUCGCUGACCGCUCCCCCGUGUUGUGAGGGGGUCACGUGGGUCAUCUUCAGAUACCCUCUCAUGAUUUCACACACACAGCUGGAAGAUUUCCGCCGUCUUAGAACUAUCACCAAGGGUGACCAGCCUCGCAGUGGAGAUGAUGGCAUGAUGGUGAACAACUUCCGGCCAACUCAGCCAAUGGCUGAUCGCGUAUUACGAGCAUCCUUUCAGUCUUGAUUUAACAAUUACAUGGCAUUGCUGUAUUAUCUCGCAUUCGUCAUCAUGUGACAUAUGUUUAAUAUUUAAAUCAUAAGCGUACGAGACAGUGGUGCAGGGGAAGGGGCAAAUGUCCCCUCCCCCUAGUCUUGGAGAAAAUCCUCAAAUUGAGAAAUUCGGGCAAAAUGAGCUGGCUUGAACACUUUUCACGAUGUAUUUUCAUUAUUCUUACUACAAUAUUAAUUGUAAUCCAUAUAAAAAUGUGUGGUGAUUCCU